AUGCGGAAAUCAUUCCUUCGGUCAACACUCGCAAAUGCCACGGGUACAUCACCGAAACCAUUCCAGACGACCCUGACCUCAACCAGGUCCUGGCCCUUCACAGCUGAUCGCCCAGCCUCAACCACACGGCCUGUUCGGAUCGCCGUCCUGGACUCGUCCUUCAAUCCACCCACCAAGGCACAUUACCACCUUCUGAAGGCAGCAGCCAGAGCUGGAUGUGAUGCGGUGCUGCUGCUGUUAGCGACCAACAACGUGGACAAGGGUCAGACUAAUGCCGGCGCAGUUGAGCGACUAGAGAUGAUGGAGGCCAUGGCCAUGGACUCGAUUCACAAUGAGAAGGAGGAUCCCGCUCUGCGACGUAUGGCCGUUGGAUUAACCAUCCAUGCCAGGUUCAUGGACAAGGCGCAACCGAUUCUUGAUUAUUAUCCGCCCAACACCGUACAAUUGUCCUGGAUCAUGGGCCAUGACACGAUGACCCGACUGUUUGAUCCCAAGUACUACAAGGAUGUUCACACUGACAUGGCUCCGUUCUUUGAGCGGUGUGAUGUGAUCUGUUCUUCUCGACCGGGGUAUGGCAGUCGAGAGGAGAUGAUGCGGUUUGUGGAACAGAGUGGAUACGUGGAUAAGGUCACUCUGGUCGAUAUUGUCGCCGAAGAAGAGGAGGAAGAAGUGGAGGGGGAUGCGAAGAGGAACAAGAAGGAUGGGGGAAUCGAAAUCAAGGAAAUGUCGUCGACGGUGGUUAGGAACGCGGUGAAGACUCAGGACCGGAAGCUAGUAGAGAGGUGUGUGCUGCCAUCCGUUAGACGACUGAUUGAAAGUAAUGGGCUUUACAGCGACUUGAAGUCAUUGGGAUGA